CCGGGGACAUGGACGCGACAAAACCCACGGACCGCCACAACAAGUCCAAACGCGAUUUCCGGUACGCCGAAAGCCAACUCAGGAAUCUCAACACGAAAAUAGACAAGUUGUUAAACAAAUUGGACGAGAAAGAACAAGAUGAAGCUAAAACGCCAGAAGAAGAGUGCGUUAUAUGCGUAAAUUCGAAGGCGACUAUGCAGACUUGGCCUUGUGGACACAGAGUAGUGUGCCGUAAAUGUUUGGUACGGACCAUUCAGAUGGCCGUGUCCCGUCGGUCGUUGCCUUUGCGAUGCGUGGUGUGCCGAUCCAGGGUAUUAAGACUGAAAAGGUCGUCGGAUCAACAGAUCCAGGGCUUUUCCAGAGACGAGGUAGGGCGUUCUCACAGCUUGCCGGCUAAGUUGAGGAGACGUGCCCCGGAGGUAGCUUUGAACUUACGGUCUCGAUCUGUCGGACCAGACAAGACAGUAAGAAGAUCCACGGCGACGGUCGGGCGACAAUCGCACAACACAGGUCAAAACCGACCCGGAGUCUGUAGUUGGCCCGAAGGAGCACUCCAGGCCACCACAGAAGUCGACAGCCAACGCGCAGAGUACAAGAAAUCGAACAAAAAGACCAAUAUUCAACAGAAGUGUAACGACCAAUCUAAAACCGGUCUGAAAAAAGUAUUUGGAAAAUUCAAAUUUUGGACAUAUCUCCGCUUCAAAACUGCAAAAUUGUAGUAAACACUGGUCAAAUAAUAAGUACGGAUUGGUUAUUAUUAAAUUCUGGAACUGCGAAACGCCUCUAUCGAAUUCCUUUUGUUCGAACAAGAAUUCGCUACAUCUAUUAUUAAAAAAAAAAAGA